AUGGACAUUGAACAGGCUCUCAAAGGCCUCGAGCCCCUCAGUGGGCAAGUAGUUCCUAUUCGCACAGUCCAAGAGACUCGACCAGUGGAAGACUACGCCGAUGCGUUUGUCGCAGAGGUCAAUGUCAAGGCAGCAUCCAAAGUGAUCAAGGCUCUUGACUCGGCAUUUCCCAAGGACCCAACCCUCCCACUAUCCCACCUCCGCCGUUUCGCUAAAAGAGAAAUGCUCCCCGAACCUUUGAGAGACGCAAUUGAGGCUCAGAGAUCACCGGCACCCCCAGGGCAAACACUCUUCGUACUCAUCUCGCCACCCCUUCCCGAUCUCGAGAAACUCAAGACUAUACUCGCACCAUUUGCACCAACCUCGGCACCUACUACACCCAAUAACACAACAGAUAGCGCAUCAGACGAGCCCACUCUGCAAACAAUCCACCUUCACCCUAUACAAAUACCUCUCUGCCCUCCCUUUAACGCGACCCAAGCUGAAAAAUGGACCAAAACCCUCUGGCCGGUCGUCUUCAACCCAGCCGCACCACGCUCUUUCGUCGCACCACCUCCUCAGACCCUCACCCGCGCACAAGAAUCCAUUGACCCACACGCAGGCUACUAUCUUUCUCUUGCACAGAAAGUAGCCCAAGAAGCCGAACAAUCAGGCCUAGGCCGUGGCAUCGGCGCAGUAAUCGUCGACCCAGCGAUCGUCCCCGAGCUAAGCGGAGACGAGGAUGCAACAUGGGACGAGGCCGUCCUAGCCGUUGCCGGCGAUGCGCGAUACUCCCGUCCAGAAGGCGGUGCUCCAUCCCAAGCACAGUUGCAUCCAAACAUCACACCAAACCCCGCCAGCAAAACGUAUAACGCCGAUCUCGAAGGCGGGCCCGAACUGCAUGCCCUGAUGCGUGCAGUGGAACUCAUUGCGCGCUGGCGUCGAGAAAAUGAUCGUGAUGGCCAGACAGGCACGCCCGAGUUGGCAAAGCUGAGCGCGCUCGAAUCACACUUUUUAUAUCGUCAUAAUCCUUCGCUGGUACCUCUUUCGCCUUCGUUGAAGAGGAAGCACGAAGAGCCCAUUUCGGAGUCUGAUGUUGUCCCGCCUUCGCAAUCUGAUCUUCAUGUUCCUCUUCCUGCGCCGCCUUCGGUUGAUCACUCGCUCCCUGCGCCUGAAACGCCGCGAAUUCGCACCCGUGCGCAGGGCGGCUAUCUUUGUACUGAUCUGGAUGUAUAUCUUUCGCAUGAGCCCUGCCUUUGCUGCUCGAUGGGUCUGCUUCUUUCGCGCUUCAGAGCUGUUGUUUUCCCUCGAAAUGGAAGGUUGGAGAGUGGUGGGCUUGCCUCAGAGCCGGCUGUGGGCCCUGUUGCUGAGGAGGCUGAGUCCGAGACCGAGACCGAGGGUAGCUCUGAAAAUGACAGGGCUUACUAUGGCUUGCAUUGGAGGAAGGAGUUGAAUUGGCGGGCUCUCGGGUUCGAGUUUGUGGAGGAUGUGGAUAUAGAGGCCAAGGCUGAUGAUAUGCCUGUGUUCCAUGCAUGA